UGGACUCCAAACUUAAAACAGAGAAAUGUGUGGGAGAGGAAGCUGAAUCCUGCAGGGUUUUCUUUCUCUCUUCAUCCGCCGCCACCUUCACUUCCAGCCAGCGUUGCUCUAGUCGUGUUUCACCCGUCUCUUUCUGUCUCACUUCUCCCUCCCGUUGUUGUAGCCCCGCAGGGAGGGAGGCCGGGUUCCCAGCGGUCUCGAAGCCUCUUGCUGCACACACACCGAAUAGACUGGAAGCUGCUGGAUGCUCCGCUAAUUGGACAGGGAACAGUGUUCCCUUCUCUCCUGUUGACUUCCACUCAGUGAAUGGCGUGAAAAGUUGGUGCCUUUUGUCCCGGCGACCUGGGCCGAAUGCAGUGCACGUCUCCCUCUUUUCUCAGCUCGCGGCCUCGGCUGCCGUCUACCCCCUUCAUUGUCUCUCUCACAAUGCCCCUUCCUGAGGAGAGAGAAAGCCUUUGAAGCCGAAGCUAGACACACUCCAAGUGGGGCUGGAUCUCUACGCACCGCCUCAGCGACCCCAGAUUCAGCGUGCUCCCACACAGGACGUUCUCUGCGAGCAUCAAGUCGCUCAGACUGAAUCAGGCGACGAUUGACAUCAUUGGAUCUGCUUAUUCAAUGAGCUCCCAGCGCCCUGUGCAGCUCCGGCAGUAAAGCGGCCAAGGACAAGAGAGCAUCAGCAGAGAGAGAGAGAGAGAGAGAGAGAGAGAAGAGGAGAGAGAGAAGAGGAGAGAGGGAAGGUGCCUCCUCUUCGCCAUUGCCAUAAUUGUCUCGCCGUGUUGAAUCGAUGUCGGUGUAGACGCUGCUCUGACGGGAGGCGAUCGCAGGAGAAGCUGGGGGAUUUAACUUCACGCGCUCACACGCACGCGCGCGCGGACAAACCUAUGCUCGGAUUUCGGAUUCGGUCCUCUUCGCCAAUGCAAAAAAGGCAAUAUGCAGCGAAGCCUCGCCAUCCUCUACACCAGUUUACUGGGGCUGUGCUUGGGUUCGAGCUCAAGUUUCCCAAGUAACAUCAACAUAGGAGGAUUGUUCCCGACCGAAUCGCACGAAUAUGAGGUUUUCCGCUUCGCCCUCUCGCACCACCUGGACAUCCCCAAACUGGUGCCGCAGGUGGACAUGGUCAAGAUGGGCAACAGCUUCUCCAUGACAUACGCCUUUUGUUCCCAGUUCUCCAAAGGCGUGUACGCCAUCAUCGGCCUGUAUGACAGGAAGACAGUGAACAUGCUCAUGUCCUUCUGUGGAGCGUUGCACGUCUGCUUCGUCACGCCGUCCUUCCCCAUCGAGACGGCCAACCAGUUCGUCAUCCAGCUGAGGCCUGAGCUCCAGGACGCUCUGGUGGGUGUAAUCGACCACUAUGGAUGGACCAAGUUUGUCUACAUGUACAGCUCUGAUUCAGGCCUGUCGGUGCUGCAGAAGGUCCUGGACACGGCUGCCGAAAGGAACUGGCUGGUGACCUCGGUGAACGUGGAGACCAUGACGGAGGCCUCAUUCCUGAAAGUGUUUCAGGAUCUGGACAAGAGGAAGGAGGGCCAGAUCAUCAUUGACUGUGAGACGGAGAGGCUCACCGGCAUCCUCAGAAAGAUUGUCGAACAGGGCAAGAAUGCUAAGAGCUACCACUACAUCCUGGCUAACCUGGGUUUCCUGGACAUCGACCUGACGGACCUGAGGAAAGGUGGGGCGAACAUCACCGGCUUCCAGCUCGUCAACAACUCGGCGCCCGGCGUCAGCCGCGUCGUCCAGCAGUGGAUGGAGUUUGACAAUAAGGACUCCAAAGUGCCCAAGAGUGGACUCAAAUACACUGGAGCUCUAACGUAUGACGGGGUGAAAGUCAUGUCCACGGCCUUCCAGAAUUUAAGGAGACAGAGGAUAGACAUCUCUCGCAGGGGCAACGCCGGAGAGUGUCUGGCCAACCCACCGGCCCCCUGGGGACAGGGCAUAGACAUCCAGAGAGCCUUGCAGCAGGUCCGUAUAGAUGGAUUGACCGGUCACAUUCAGUUCAACGAGAAAGGCCGCAGAACAAACUACACCGUUAGCGUCAUGGAACUGGCUCCAUCCGGACCCAAGAAGGUUGGCUACUGGAAUGAAGACGAGAAGUACGUGACCACCGCCAGCUUCAUGAGAGGCAGCAACGAGACGUACGGCCUGCAGAACAGAACUUACAUCGUCACCACUAUCUUGGAGUCCCCGUAUGUGAUGCUGAAGAAGAACCACGAGCAGCUUGUGGGAAAUGAUAAGUACGAGGGCUACAUAGUCGAGCUGGCUGCAGAGAUCGCCAAACACGUGGGCUACCAGUACAAGCUGAAGGUCGUGUCAGACGGCAAGUACGGAGCCAGAGAUCCUGAAACCAAGAUGUGGAACGGCAUGGUGGGCGAACUGGUGUAUGGGAAAGCGGAUGUGGCCGUGGCUCCUUUGACCAUCACCCUGGUCCGCGAAGAAGUCAUCGACUUCUCCAAGCCCUUCAUGUCCCUCGGUAUCUCCAUCAUGAUCAAGAAGCCCACCAAGUCCAAGCCCGGUGUGUUCUCGUUCCUCGACCCGCUGGCCUACGAGAUCUGGAUGUGCAUAGUGUUCGCCUACAUUGGCGUCAGCGUCGUCCUCUUCCUCGUCAGCCGGUUCAGCCCGUACGAGUGGCACGCCGAGGACUACGAGGAGGGAGGGGAGCCACAGACUCCCACCCAAGCGUCGGCCACCAAUGGGGUGCAGCAGGGCCAGACGCCAACACAGCAGAACACCAACCAACAGAGUGCCGAGCAGACCAACGAGUUUGGCAUCUUCAACUCCCUUUGGUUUUCGCUGGGCGCCUUCAUGCAGCAGGGGUGCGAUAUCUCACCACGCUCCCUGUCAGGCCGCAUCGUCGGAGGCGUGUGGUGGUUCUUCACCCUUAUCAUCAUCUCGUCCUACACUGCCAACUUGGCUGCCUUCCUGACAGUGGAGAGGAUGGUGUCUCCUAUAGAGAGCGCCGAGGACCUGGCCAAGCAGACGGAGAUCGCCUAUGGAACGCUGGACGCCGGCUCCACCAAAGAAUUUUUCAGGAGGUCCAAGAUCGCUGUGUUCGAGAAGAUGUGGUCCUACAUGAAGGCGGCGGACCCGUCCGUGUUCGUCAAGACCACGGACGAGGGCGUGAUGAGGGUCAGGAAGUCCAAGGGCAAGUAUGCCUACCUGCUGGAGUCCACCAUGAACGAGUACAUAGAGCAGAGGAAACCCUGCGACACCAUGAAGGUGGGGGGCAACCUGGACUCUAAGGGCUACGGCAUCGCCACGCCGAAGGGCUCCCCUCUCAGAAACCCAGUAAACCUGGCAGUGUUAAAACUGAACGAGCAGGGCCUCUUGGACAAAUUGAAAAACAAGUGGUGGUACGACAAGGGAGAGUGCGGCAGCGGGGGCGGGGACUCCAAGGACAAGACGAGCGCCCUGAGCCUCAGCAACGUGGCGGGGGUCUUCUACAUCCUGAUCGGCGGCCUGGGCCUGGCCAUGCUGGUGGCGCUGGUGGAGUUCUGCUACAAGUCCCGGACCGAGUCGCGCCGAAUGAAGCAAUCCAUCAACGACGCCAUGCGCUGCUCCACCCUGACCCGGAUGAGUGGCAACGGAGCGGCGGGGAGAACGGACGAAUCCUCGCCCACGAUCCCCAAAACCGUUCAGACGCUGCCCUGUAUGAGCCACACCGCCAGCAUGGGACUGGGAGCCUCCGGCUGUGAUCAUCACAUGACUGUGCUGGCGGCGAGGAAUAGGCAGGGUGGGGCGAGAGACGAGCACAAGACUCUAAAGGAAAUCAUGGCUGUCCCCUUUGACCCAUCUUCUCCCUCUGGCUGUCGCCGUGCCCAACUCAUUCAAGACUGAAAUUACUGCCAACUCUCGAAACUGCUCCUCACAAACUACGAACAGAGACUUGCAAAAGGUUUUUGUUUUUUUUGUUGUUGUGUUUUUUUAAACAAGUGGAUGUUUGAAAAAGAGAUUCUGGGGGGCGAGAAGACGGACAGGAAGUGCGCUGCAAUAAAGGAGCCGUCAACGGGGCGUGUUUUUUUACAGUGUUCAUUUACUGUGUGUGUGUGUGUGUGUGUGUGUGUGUGUGUGUGUGAAAAAAAAAACAAGGAACUCUAUUCUUCAGUGUAACGCCUGCGCUGUGCCAUUUCCUCCACCGCUGACCUUGUACUACCUAGACGCUCUGUGUGUCUUUGCACAGAUGUGGGCAGAGGGAGGACAAACACUUGUGACUGCUUCACUGGUUUGAUAUUCGUUUUGGGACAUUCGCGCUUCUCUUUCACUCUCACAUUGCCUUUUUUUUUUUUUGCCUUUUUGGAAGUGCUCUGUGUAGCAUAGCCAGUGUUUAUGAUAUAGUAAUAUGGUGUACACUGUUGAAACGGCGCAGAAACGCUUCCGUCGGUAGUUUGAUUUCUCAUCCCCGACUGACACGCAUCGCUGCUGCACCUCGUGUAACACGUCAUGCCUUUGUGUCUCCGUGCCAUAGCACCGCUCUCGCACACGAACACAGACACGCGCCGCACACAUCGCUGCUGCCUGGCCGUUUGGGCCAGCAGAUGGAUGGGAGAUUUAUGUUUAUGUUUAUGUUAUGGUGACGGAGCUCAGGGGGCAGACGUGGACCUGCGCACUCUGACCUGUAUGAGAGAGAUUACAGAAGGGACGCACUCCCAUUCCUCUGUGGUUAUGUACAGUACUGAGUGACCUUACACUGUAUUACUACUGUUGUGACAUUCAUGGCGUAUCCAUCCAUCUACCUGGGAGUCCAUUCGCAGCACGUUAGAGAACAGAGGUUGACAAAUCCCGAUGUAAUCUGGAUGAAAUAUAUUCCCUCACACUAUCGUUAGAGCUGUUCUCUCCCUCCUGUGAUUCAUCUUCAGCCGUAUUCGGGUUUUAACCAAACGGACAGUGCAGCUAUUCGUCCCGGAUCAGUCGAGAGUGGCACGUCGCCUUCCGACUGUGCACGGCCUGCAAAGGGAAAACGCUUGCCUGCCUGCCUGCCUGCCUGCCUGCCUGCCUCGCUGUUGCUAGCCAGCGCACGAAGGGAGGCGUCACGGUCGGUCUCAGCUGUGUCUUCGCUGAAAGUCAAGGUCACGUCGGUCAGUGCACUGCUCUGCCGUGGAGCCCUCCCGUUUCGGAUCGUGUGAAGUGAACAGGAAUCAGAGUGACAGGCAGUGACAGUGACGAAGUGCGCACAUUCCUUAAAGGACCCCCCCCCCCCCCCCCCGAAACAUUUGGGAUACUGUAAACAAAAGACUUUGUCAUUUGCAUUUCCGGGCCCGUUCUAUGGCACAAUCCCACGAGUGACUGGACCCACGGCAGAAAAACAAAAACCUCAGCUGAUGUGGUGAUGUCCUGUUCAAUCAAAGGACAUUUUCAAAAACAGCGGAUAAAAAGAAUAAGGGUUUUUAUUUUAUUUCCUUUAAAGAGCAUGGCGACAAUGUGUUGGUUCAUCUUGCCAAGGCCAUGAACACAUCUUUGCUCUUGUCUAAGCUCUUCUGUUAUAGAUAUGUAUCACAUUUAUAUUGCAUACUUAUGUAUAUCAGCCAGUGGAAAAACGGUUUUGCUUGUUGACAUGUUUUUUUUCCACGGUUGGUCGUGGCAUCGCGGGCUUUGACAACACAAGCAGUACUUUUCGUAAGAUUGAUUCAUUGCCGUUUCUCGGUCUGUCUGUGGGACUUGUCGACAACAACAAAGGCAGAACCUCGCCAGCCUUCAUUCUUCAAACUCGACAGUCUCGCGGGUGGAAAUUUGUCAGAGCGUGAGACAAACCGACAGCGGUACUCCACAACGCAUCGCCGCCAGGUGCUUCGCAAAGGUUACAUUAUGUGCCUUCUUCUCACAAACGCGACAAUCUCACUCCCGUCCCCCCGCCUGUCUUCCUCACAAUCUUUGCUCCCUCGGCCCACACAAAUAUCCCCCAGCGAAUUUUUCCCAUUUGCCUGGUGUGUCACAGAGAUCAUACAAGAUAUACACUUUAUUUUAUAGUGGAGUAUACAUGGGGGAGUGAAGCCUGACGCAGCAAACAUGGGUCGCGAAUCACAGUCGAUCCAAACGGACGGACAGAUAUGCGCCGACCGGCGUCAUCGCAGUUGGUGUAACAGUAUUCAAAAGGUGUGAUUUUUUUCCUUUAAGGUGACUGGAAGGCCGUUGCUGGAAGCGGGACUUUUCGCUGCCGUCUGACGCCGGUGGUCAACCUGCUGGCUCUAGCGGAGCCCACGCGUCUGUACAAUGGCAGCUCCCGUCCUCUGCUUCCACAAUUGGCCACCCAUUAUUUUUCUGCUUUGAAAAAAUGUAUCAAAUGUAACGUAUGGCUCCUCUCUCUCUCUCUCUCUCUCUCUCUCUCUCUCUCUCUCUCUCUCUCUCUCUCUCUCUCUCUCUCUCUCUCAUCGUCACAGAAGCUCGAAAAGUGGGCAGUCCGAGUUCACUGAAAUCAUACAUAUCUCCACCCAUUAUGUAUAUAAAAGUCCCCCCCCCAGUGAAAAACGUUCUCCCACAGACCCUGCGUCCGUGUACCUGAAUUAGUUCCCUACUGCGCGAGGACCUUUUGCGUUCCUCCUCCAUCUCUGCGUCUUCUUUUUUUGCUGAUGUUGUAUUGAUAUGGACACAGCACAGCUCCGGUCAGUGGGAGGCUUUACUGUACGAGAGAUGUUUUAUAUGCCAUAACAAGAUUUGUUUAAAAAAAAAAGAAAAAGAAACCGAACAAAAAAUAAAAAGACGCUCAAUGUUUGUAUUAUACAGAAGAGUUGAGGUGCCAGGAAA